UGGCAUCUCUGCUUGCAAUUACGUAGUAAGACUCUUACUGUAAGAGUAUAAGAGCUGGUCUGCUAGAAUUCCGGUAGAAGUAUUUUAUUAUUCAGAAAUAGUUAUAGUUUGAUCGUGUGUAGCAUCAGUCGAUUCAGUUAUUUGAAUACCAUGGCGAGAAAAAUGCUGGGUUUAACUUGGAGCAGUUUGAAAAAGAACCCGAUGCUUAUGCCACUGUAUUUUUGCAUCGGAGCCGGGGCAACAGGAGCAUCGUUUUAUUUGUUACGUCUUGCUACUCGUAAUCCCGACGUUUCGUGGUUUCCUAAGAAAAACCCCGAACCGUGGAACGAUUACAAAGACAAACAGUACAAGUUCCGGUCGGUUCACUAUUCUGGUGCCAAAAGUCCAGCACCAGAGUACUAAAAAGAUGUGCUUCAUAUCUUAGUAUUAACCAUAGUUAAGUUAAAAUUAUAUUAUGUUGUAACAUAAUUUAUAUUUAUACAUUGUGAUCUGCAAAUUGUAUGAAUGUGUUAUUAGUCUGUCAUACAUCAUGUACAGUAAAGUAAGAUUUAAAUGA